UAACAUUUAGAUAAACAGUAGUGGGAUGCAAGGUACUAAAGAUGAAAGGAUCACCUCUGCCUCGUCGCCUACUUUCCACCUCGUCACAUUUUUUCUCAGCUCCUAAGCUUCCGUCACUAGACGCUGCCGCCACCGGCGUUGGAACCAGAAGCUUUUGGUUCCGUGCGACCAAUCGUAAGAUGGGAAUCAACAAAGAAGAUGAGAAGAUUAACAUACAAACUCAUCCUGGUGUUAAGAAAAUCCAACAACUAAUACAUCAACCCUCUUCUUCAGACACAAGUCAUUGGGAAAAAUGUUGGGAAGAAGGAGCAACACCAUGGGAUUUAGGAAAACCUACUCCCAUUGUGGUACAUCUACAUCAAUUGGGAGCCCUUCCAAAAGGCAGGGCUCUAGUCCCUGGAUGUGGCACUGGUUAUGAUGUGGUGGCAAUGGCUUGUCCUGAAAGAUAUGUCGUGGGAUUGGAAAUAUCUGAUAUUGCUGUUAACAAGGCAAAAGAGUUGUCUUCCUCGUUUCCAAAUGCAAAUUAUAUUACAAUCUUAAAGGCAGACUUCUUCACUUGGUGCCCUACCGAGUUGUUUGAUCUCAUUUUUGAUUAUACAUUCUUCUGUGCCAUUGAACCAGAAAUGAGAUCGGUGUGGGCACAGAAGAUUAGCAAUCUCUUAAAACCAGAUGGAGAGCUUAUUACAUUGAUGUUUCCAAUCAGUGAUCAUGUUGGUGGACCUCCUUACAAAGUAUCUGUAUCUGAUUAUGAAGAGGUACUGCAUUCAGUUGGUUUUCAAGCUGCAUCCAUUGUGGACAAUGAACUUGCUGUAGGUCCUCGGAAGGGUAGAGAGAAGCUUGGAAGGUGGAAGAGGUGUCCAAGACUUACUUCACUUUAAGAAUAAUCUCAACUUUUACAACAAUAUCAUUGUAUAAUGUUACUAUUGUUCUCACGUCUUGAUAGACUAUCCAUAUAAUGUUACUAUUGUGGGGAGUUCGAAAGCAGGAAAUCAACGUGUGUCAAUAUCUACUUCAAUAUAUAUAUAUUUUUUCAUAUAUGCCACACUAAUUUUAUUCAA